UCCACCAGAGACGCACUAUCUCCAGAGUCUGAGAGUCACUGCCAGUCCUUCUACUAGACUGAGGCUUCACUGAGUGACAAGACAUCUUGUUCUCAUCUUUUGAUAUUUUUAAGGUUUUUUGGGAGAAGGACAAGCACUCACGAUGCAGUCCUGUGCCAGGUGUGGGUUUGUGGUCUACCCAGCUGAGAAGAUCAACUGUAUUGACCAGAACUGGCAUAAAGCAUGUUUUCACUGUGAUGUCUGUAAGAUGGUCCUCACUGCCAAUAACUUUGUAAGCCAUAAGAAGAGGCCAUACUGCUCUGUACACAAUCCAAGGAACAACACAUUCACAAGUGUCUAUGAGACCCCCAUCAACAUCAACGCAAAGAAGCAAAGCAAGGCGAGCAGUGAGCUUAAGUAUCGCGAAGAUGGUGAACGCUUUAUGUCCACCUUCCACCAAGACAUGAGGUCCAUGGAGCUGGAGAGGGCACGACUAGCCAAUCAGAUGGCAAGCCAGGCCUUCAAGUCUCAGUCUGAGUUCUCCCAGCAGCAGACAUGGUACUCAAGCUCAAUGACCAAUCAGGAGGUAGUUACCAUGUCACAGGCCCAGAGUACUAUCAGUGAUGUGAAGUUUACAGAGGAGUUUGAGUCGAAAGGAAAAGGUAGCUUCCCUGCCAUGAUCACACCGGGUUACCAGGCUGCUAAAAAUGCCAAUACUCUGGCCAGUAAUCUCGAAUAUAAAAAAGGACACGAGGAGAGAGUUUCUAAAUACACCACGUUUGUUGAUCCACCAGAGGUGAUUUUGGCGAAGAAACAGGGGCAAAUUGUUAGCGAUUAUGCAUAUACAGAAGAGUAUGAGCAACAGAAAGGUAAAGGGAGUUUCCCUGCACAUCUUACACCUGGAUACAAGAUGUCAAAGAAGGCCAGUGAGCAGGCUAGUGAUAUAAAGUAUCGUCAGACGUAUGAACAGGAGAUUAAAGGGAAAGCAAGCACGGAGGCAGCUGUGGCUGAAGCCGUUCAUGCCAAAGAAAAUGCAGAGAAUUUCAGCCAGAUUGCCUACACUGAGGAGUAUGAGCAACAACGGGGCAAAGGAAGUUUCCCUGCCAUGAUCACUCCUGGUUAUUAUCUUGCAAAGAAGGCUCAGGAGAAUGCUAGUGAUCUCAAAUACAGGAAAGACUUAAACAAGAUGAAGGGCACCUCACACUUCCAUAGUCUGACAUCCGAGGACAAUCUGGCUCUGAAGAAUGCCCGCAAGAUUAACAAGCUAGUCAGUGAGGUGGAGUACAAGAAAGACCUGGAGAACACCAAAGGUCACAGCAUCAAUUUCUGUGAGACGCCGCAGUUUCAGAACGCUGCUAAAGUCGCCCAGUUCACAAGUGAUAAUAAGUACAAGGAGAAGUACACCAGCAAUAUGAAGGGCCACUAUGAAGACUCAGGAAUCGAUAAGAAGACGAUGCACGCCAUGAAAGCCAGGAAACUGGCCAGUGAUAUUUCUUAUAAACAAGGUGUGGAACAGGAGCAGGGUGAAUACAACUACCCAGCCACCCAAACACCAGGUUACAAAAGCGUGAGGAAACUGGACCCACUUAAAGACAAAAACUACAAGCAACACAUCGACCAAGUCAAAUACAGUCCUGUGACAGACACUCCUGAAAUUAUUUUAGCAAAGAAAAAUGCAAAUCUUGUCAGCAAUCUCAAUUACAAAGCAGACUAUGAGAAGACCAAACAUCAGUACACACUGUCCCAGGACCUGCCCCAGAUUAAAAAGGCUAAAGCUAAUGCUGCUUUGUGCAGUGAUAUUAAAUAUAAGGAGGAGUGGGAGAAGACCAAGUCUAAAGCCUGUGACAUUGGCGUGAACGACCUGAGUGUCAGAGCAGCGAAGGCUUCCCGUGACCUCGCCAGUGAUAUUAAAUACAAAGAAACCUACAUGAAGGACAAGGACAAGGCAGUUGGGGUCAACGUGAGUGACUCCAAGACUCUGCAUUCUCUUCAAGUAGCUAAGAUGAGCAGCGAUAUUGCAUACAAGAAGGGCUCCAAGGAGAGCCAGAGUCAGUUCAGUCUCCCUCAUGAUAUGAUCAACCUGAGCCACGCCAAAAAGGCUCAGACCCUCGCCAGUGACCUGGAGUAUCGCACAAAACUGCAUGACUACACUGUCAUGCCUGAUGACAUCAAGAUUCAGCAGGCCAAGAAGGCUUAUGCUCUGCAAAGUGAGAACCAGUAUCGCUCUGACUUGAACUGGAUGAAAGGAGUGGGCUGGGAGACUGAAGGAUGUAUGAAUAUUGCCCAUUCCAAGAAAGCUGGAGAGCUGCUCAGUGAUACUAAAUACCGUCAAAAGGUCGAUAGAAUCAAGUUCACACAGGUGGCGGAUGAUCUUUCCAUCAAACACGCCAAGAAGAGCCAAGAACUGCAGAGCGACCUGGCAUACAAAGCAAACACAGAACAGAUAAUGCAUCAGUACACCAUGACUCAAGAUGAGCCCCUGUUCAGACAAGCAAAGGCUAAUGCUGAUCUUCUCAGUGGGAAAGUGUACAAGAGCAGCUGGGAGAAGCAGAGAGAAAAGGGCUUUGAACUGCGUUUGGACUCACUCUCUAUUCUCACUGCUAAAGCCAAGAGAGAUCUGGCCAGUGACGUCAAAUACAAACAGAAUUAUGAGAAAAACAAAGGGAAGGUGAUUGGCAUUAAGUCUGUCAGCGAUGACUCUCAGAUGGCUCAUUCUGCUCUGGCAACCAAACUACAGAGCGGUCGUCACUAUAAGAAGGACUAUGAGGACAACAAGACCAAAUACAGUCUUCACCUGGAUAUGCUGAACAUCAGCCAGGCCAAGAAGGCUCAAGAUCUGGCAACUGACACUAACUACAGGACCAUCCUCCAUGAGUACACAACUGUCCCAUCUGACAUGAAGGUUGCCUGGGCUAAGAAGGCCUACGGACUACAGAGUGAUAAACUGUACAGAUCAGACCUGAACUGGAUGAAGGGUGUCGGCUGGGAGGCCUCAAAAUCUCUAGAUGUUCAACAGGCGAAGAAGGCUGGGGAGCUGCUCAGUGAGAAAAAGUACCGUCAGGAUGUGAGUGCUCUGAAAUUUACCAGCGUUGAAAACACACCUGAGAUGGUUCAGGCCAAACUCAGCAACAAACUGGCCGUUGAUAGGUUAUACAGGGAGAAAGGUGAAAACAUGAAGCACAACUACACACUGAGUGGAGAGCUGCCUGAGCUUGUUCAGGCCAAGAUCAAUGCUAUGAACAUUAGUGAGAGCUGUUACAAAGAAUCCUGGACUAAGCUACGUGACGGCGGUUACAAGCUGAGCCUGGAUGCUAUUCCUUUUCAGUCUGCAAAAGCAUCAGCAGAGAUUCUCAGUGAUCAAAAGUACAAGGAAGAAUUUGAGAAGAGCAAAGGGAAGAUGAUUGGCUCGAAAGGUUUGCAGGACGACAUCAACAUCGCUCACUCUGUCCAUGCCAGUAAACUGCAGAGCGAUAUUAAAUACAAGAAGGACUCAGCGAAGGAGCUGUCCAAGUUCCACCUGCCCAUGGACAUGCUGGAGGUGUCUCACGCUAAGAAGGCCCAGUCUCUGGUCAGUGAUCAGGACUACAGGCUCACCCUGCAUCAGUACACCUCACUGCCUGAUGACAUGAAGGUGCAGGCUGCAAAGAGAGCGUACGCCCUGCAGAGUGAGAAAGUAUAUCGCUCUGACCUGAACUACCUGCGGGGUGCAGCCUGGAUCGCCACAGGGGCUCUUCAGAUAGAAGGCUCCAAGAAAGCCACAGACCUCAUCAGUGAUAAAAAGUACCGUCAGCAGCCAUACAACUUCAAGCACACGUCUGUCACUGACUCUCCUGAUAUCGUCCAUGCGAAGAUCAGCGGACAGAUCACAAAUGAACGUUUGUACAAAGAGAAAGGAGUGAGUGAUCAGCAUAACUACACAAUAACGACUGAGAGACCAGAGAUAACACAAGCAAAAAUCAAUGCAGCCAACUUCAGUGAGAUUAAGUACAAGGAGUCAUGGCACACUCUGCGAGCUCAGGGCUACAAACUCACCAUGCAGGACAUCCCCUUCCAGGCUGCGAAGAGCUCCACAGGCAUUGCCAGUGAUUACAACUACAAACACAACCACCUGCUGGAAAAAGGAAAGCACAUCGGCGUCAAGAGUGUCUUGGAGGACCCACAUCUGCUGCACUGCAUGCAGGCAGGCCGCCUGGCCAGUGACCAGGAGUACAGAAAAGACGCUCUGACCACCAGCGGGCAGUACCACCUCACCCCUGACAUGAUCAACCUGGUGACGGCUAAGAACGCCCAAGCUCUCGCCAGCGAUCAGGACUACAGGAAGAGGCUGCACGAGUACACGGUGCUGCCUGAUGACAUGAAGGUCAAGUGGGCCAAAACAGCAUACAACCUGCAGAGCGAGAAACUGUACAAGUCUGACCUGAAUUACAUGAAGGGCGUGGCCUGGGAUGGCGUGGGAGCACCUCAGCUGGAGUCAGCCAAGAAGGCUGGAGAACUCAUAAGUGAUAAGAAGUAUCGUCAGCUGCCAGACAGCCUCAGGUUCACCUCUGUGGCUGACUCUCCGGACAUCAUCCACGCAAAGGCGAGCUAUCAGCAGUGCAGUGAGAGGCUGUACAAAUCUGGAAAGAAUGACGACAUGCACAAAUACACGUUACACUCAGAUGAUCCUGACUUCGUCAGAGCCAAGAUAAACGCCCAGCAGAUCAGUGAUAAAGUUUAUAAGGCUGCUGGGGAGCAGGUGAAGACAUCAGGCUACGAUUUGAGGCUGGAUGCUAUCCCCUUCCAAACCGCUAAGGCCUCUAGAGAAAUCGCCAGUGAUUUCCGCUACAAAGAGUCUCACCUGAAGGAGAAGGGCCAGCAGGUGGGGCUUCGCUGCGUGGAGGACGACCCCAAAAUGGUGCACUCUCUGGCAGCCAGCAAACUCCAGAGCAACCUGGAGUACAAACGCCAGUCUAGGGAAGACCAGGCCCACUACAAAAUCCAUGCGGACCAGCCUGAGUUCCUGCUGGCCAAGAAGAGUCAGGCUCAGGCCAGCGACCUCACCUAUCGCCAAAGACUGCACGACUACACAUGUGACCCCCAGCAGCUCAAUGUCAAGCACGCCAAGCAGGCCUACAAGCUGCAGAGUGAUGUGAACUACAAGUCAGACCUGAACUGGAUCAAAGGAGCGGGCUGGACCCCUCCAGGCUCCCAUAAGGCCCAGCUUGCCCGGCGGGCUGCAGAGCUUGGUCUGGCUGAGGGAGUCAGCACAGACGAGGCCAUUGCAAAAUAUCAGCACAUGAUGAUGCUCUACCAGCAGCAGCAGAUGGAGCAGCAGCAACAAAACCAGCAGACUUCAGAGGAGGUGGAGACCAGCGAGGAGGUUCAAAGUGGUGUCAACAUGGACGCCAUGGAGGUCCUUCACGUGAAGAGGAAGAAGACCAUCCAGACCGUGCAGAAAAAGUCCACCAAAACAAUCACAACCUCGUUUAGAUCCAUGGAGAAGAAGUCCAGCACCUCGUCGUCUUCAUCAGCUGCUCUUCAGAACUCAGUGCAGACGUCAUCCAUGUCGAGUAAAGCUGCUGCGAUAAAGGACGCUUAGAUCAUAGAUUUUUUUCUUUUGAUGAAUGCUUUUAAGAUUGUGAUUUUCAUAAAGUGUGGUUAAAUUUUACCAAAUGGAUGAAAACACAGAUGCAAACUUUGAUGAAAUGACUGUUGUGACUCUGGAG